AUGUCCGGGCGAGGCAAAGGCGGGAAAGGCUUGGGCAAAGGCGGCGCCAAGAGGCACAGGAAAGUCCUCCGGGAUAACAUCCAAGGCAUCACGAAGCCCGCCAUUCGCCGGCUGGCUCGGCGCGGGGGCGUGAAGCGAAUUUCGGGGCUCAUCUACGAGGAGACGCGGGGCGUCCUGAAGGUCUUCCUGGAGAACGUGAUCCGCGACGCGGUGACUUACACCGAGCACGCCAAAAGGAAGACGGUCACGGCCAUGGAUGUAGUCUACGCCCUGAAGCGCCAAGGCCGGACUCUCCCCACCAGUUUACAACUCCGGUUGCAGCUUCCCGAGAUGGCUCGUACCAAGCAGACCGCUCGCAAGUCCACCGGCGGGAAGGCGCCCCGCAAGCAGCUGGCCACCAAGGCGGCGCGGAAGAGCGCUCCGGCGACGGGCGGCGUGAAGAAGCCUCACCGCUACCGGCCCGGCACCGUGGCCCUGCGGGAGAUCCGCCGCUACCAGAAGUCGACGGAGCUGCUGAUCCGCAAGCUGCCCUUCCAGCGGCUGGUGCGCGAGAUUGCGCAGGACUUCAAGACCGACCUCCGCUUCCAGAGCUCGGCCGUGAUGGCGCUGCAGGAGGCGAGCGAGGCCUACCUCGUGGGGCUCUUCGAGGAUACCAACCUGUGCGCCAUCCACGCCAAGCGCGUCACCAUCAUGCCCAAAGACAUCCAGCUGGCCCGACGCAUCCGCGGGGAGCGGGCGUAA